AUGAUUUUCAAGCCUCCGAAGCCUCGCAUAGAAGUUUUCCUGCUGAUUUCACUCCUAGUUACUGUCGAUGCAAUGUCGUUCAACAGAAGUUUGUCUUCUGACCAUUUCGAAAAAUGCGUAUUCGGGAAUGAAACGGCUCCGAAUUCUGAGAAAGUAACGAAGUCUCAAAACGAAAAUACAUAUCGUUCGCCCCUGUUUUCCUGCUCAUAG